AUGAGUUUUUACAAAACUAAAUCCAUUAUUGAAGAAGGUGAUGUCGUGGUUUUAUAUUUCGGACCUCAAAAAAUGCACUGCUUUGAGGUUACGCACAAAAUAGUAAACAAAAAAGGAGAACUGGUUGAUAAUGUCUUUCAAACUACCCACGGUGCUCUGAAAAUUCCUUCGUUAAUCGGUAAAAAGUAUGGUACCAAGGUAGAACUGACACGUGGUUGGGCGUAUGUGUUACAACCUACUCCAGAAUUAUGGACGGUAACUCUUCCUCAUAGAACCCAAAUUAUUUAUACGCCUGACAUAAGUUUGAUUAUUCAUCUGCUGGAUCUUGUUCCUGGAAGUAUUGUCAUUGAAACAGGAACUGGCAGUGGUUCAUUGUCGCAUUCGCUAAUCCGAACAAUCAGACCCCACGGUCACUUGCAUACAUUUGACUUCCACAAACAGCGAGUAGAGUUGGCGACAGCCGAGUUCAAGAAACAUGGCAUCGACGAAUUUGUAACAGUAACUCACAGAGAUGUUUGUCUAGAAGGUUUCGGAGAUGCGCUCAAACACAAAGUCGAUGCAGUGUUUUUAGAUUUGCCUCACCCUUGGCUGACGAUAAAUCACGCGGUUGACGCUCUCAAAGAAUCUGGCGGUAAAUUGUGUUCGUUUUCACCGUGUAUCGAACAAGUACAGCAAACUUGCAUUCAAUUAGAAGCUACUGGGUUCGUUGAUGUUCGCACCUACGAGUGUUUACAGAAGGAACUCACUGUCGUUUUCAAAAACAUUCCCAAGUUAAAUCUUGAUUGUUUAAAGAAAAAGCACUCUGUGGAAGAAGUUAUCGAAAAAAAAUCCGCUGAACAAGACAAAAUAUUGACAGUAUCACAUGCCCAUUCACUUCCAGGCCACACAGGAUACGUAACGAUAGCAACUUUACCACCUCUCUUCGCUCGUAUCACCGAGGAUGAUAAUUAA